UUUUGCAAUAAAACUACUGAAAUCAUGCAAAAACAUGAAAUUUAUACGGUAAUUUUGUCUUAAAACAGGUUUUAGCGAGUAGAAUAGAAAAUUUUUAUAGAUGAGUUUUUCUUUCAAGACAAAAGAAGGUGCACAAUCUUAGCAACAUUCAACAAUCCUCUUGGUUUCUUUUUGCAAAAUGGAAUCCAAACAUGCAUGUGUAUGUUGUCAAAAAUACGUGUUUUAUCGCGGGAAAUUUGACAACUCUCCAAUGUUUAUACACGACGUUCUUCCUUAGCACGCUAGUAUUGUUCCGCCAAUGGAGUGAGCAGCCGUGUCAGAGACUGGCAAUUUUCCGGAGAAUCCAAAAAUAUUGCGUGCAAAGAAACUUCUGAAAAACUACAGAAGUAAAGGGAAAAGUUGUACACCUUAUUGUGCUUGAAGUGAUUCACAACCCAACUUAUAAAUCCAUACCGGGCUCUCCUACCGAUGUUAUAGUCAUUUUUUUCUCUUCCCUUUUUUUCCCCUCAAAAAAUUAAUUCGAGGGUAUGGCGGGAUGGUUUUUCUCGCUGACAUCGCACGCAACUUUUAGAUCGACUCGGCUCAUUUACCUAUAAGAUAGUGUGGACAGCAUUCGCACGGUCCAUAGAGCGAAGUUCGCUCAUGAGUGUCAUGAGUGUCGAUUACAUUGUGUAGUACGUUGUUAUGCGUAAAAUUAUUUCAAGAUGAUGAUAAUUCGAUUAGUGUUCGUGGCCUGUACUUGCAUAUCGAUUAUUCUUGGUGGGGGUGAUCCUGGCGUAGAGAACACGUCGCUCACUCGGGACGAUUUCCAGAAGAUUUUGCAAAAACAGUUCGAAGAAACUCAAGCUCAAUACAUUGAAAUGUACGGACCGGAUGCUACAGCAUCCCUGUGUAAUUCUUCAAUGCUGGCAGCGAAGCGGAAAGAAGAGGCGGACGAAGCUUGCGAAGUUGAGUGCAAAGCCAUUUCUGAAGUCUGUCACAAAGGCUUUGAAGCAUAUCCAACAUACUACUCGGUCAAGAAACUCCACAGAGAGUGCUAUGGCUUCACAAGUGGCGAGUGCAAGAAGUUCAUCUACAAAUCCAGUCCGUGGACGUAUUGUGAUUGUUACGGGAGAAACUUCCGCAACUCUGCGAGGUACUGCCGCACCCUGAUCUUCGGCGUCCGGGUCGGCUCCAAUGUGUACACCUACAUCUCCAACGGGGUCAAACACUACUGGGCUUGGAACAAAGAUUUCAUCGCGCGCCAGAAGAAAGAGCGGGAACAUUACGAAAGAUGGUACCAGGAAAACAAGGGUCUUUUCGGGAAUGAAUGGGAGGCCCGGACAGCCUAUAAGGAACAGGAGCGCGAAAAAUUCCUCCGUCGAGAGCCCUCAAUUCUGACCGGAGGACACGGAGCAUCCUUUUUCAAAUCCCCAAGCUCGAACGGUUCCGGAUCAUCUCGCAGUCUCAGAGUCGAAUCUCCAAGUAGAAGUCCCAGGAAAGGUUCAUCGUCAGGAAGUCGUAAGAAAGGUUCGCCAUCAGGGAG